AUGGUUCUGGCAAAGUCCAAGAAGAGCGUCGGGCUCGGCAAUGCCUUGAUGAACGAUCGCUUUGGCAAGCACAAGGGCUCUGACAGAAAGAAGACAUCCGCCAUCACGAGGACGAAUCAUGCUACCGGCGAGCAGUACCUCGUCAACGAAAAGCAGGAUGCGGCUUGGGUGAAGAUGCGCUCUGUCACGGAGCAGGGCGCCCUGGAUGAGUUCCUGGCCACUGCCGAGCUGGCGGGCACAGACUUCACCGCCGAGAAGAUGAACAACGUCAAGAUCAUCCACACCGACCAGCGGAACCCCUACCUUCUCUCGGCGCAUGAGGAGCGCGCCGUGCUGGGCAAGCAUCGCAUGCACAAGGCGCGCUUGACCGUCCCGAGGAGGCCGAAGUGGGAUGCCUCCACGACCCCGCAGGAGCUCGACGUUCGCGAGCGCGAAGCCUUCCUGAACUGGAGGAGAGGCCUCGCCGAACUCCAGGAGAACAACGACCUUCUCAUGACCCCGUUUGAGCGCAACAUUGAGGUCUGGAGACAGCUCUGGCGUGUCAUUGAACGGUCCGACCUUGUUGUCCAGAUCGUCGACGCGAGAAACCCGCUUCUGUUCCGCUCAGACGACCUCGAGGUCUACGUCAAGGCAGUGGACCCGAAGAAGGAAAACCUGCUGCUCAUCAACAAGGCCGACAUGAUGACGCUGCGGCAAAGAAGGGCCUGGGCAAAGUACCUGACAAAGGCCGGCAUCGCGUAUAGGUUCUUCUCGGCCCAACUGGCUAAGGAGCUGAACGAGGCGAGAGAAAGGGACAGUGACUCCGACGAGGAACCGACGCCGGCGCCGCAACCGUCCAAGAAGGCAGGUAAACAGCCUGCGAGGGAUGAGGAUACCGAUGAGUCCGACGAGGAAGAGGAGAGCGAGGAAGAAGGCGGGGUUGACACCGACGGUGAUGUCGACACUCAAAUUCUGACGGUUGAGGAGUUGGAAGACAUUUUCCUCCAACAUGCCCCCGCGGAUGCAGGCGCGGACCACAAAUUGCAAGUCGGCCUGGUCGGCUACCCUAACGUCGGCAAGUCCUCGACAAUCAACGCCCUCAUCGGCGCCAAGAAGGUGUCCGUCUCGUCCACACCGGGUAAGACGAAGCACUUCCAGACCAUCCACCUCAGCGAGCGCGUCAUUCUGUGCGACUGCCCCGGUCUCGUUUUCCCCAACUUCGCCUUCACGAAAGCCGACCUGGUCUGCAACGGCGUCCUGCCUAUCGACCAGAUGCGCGAGUACACGGGCCCCGUCGGGCUCGUCACGCUGCGGAUCCCGCAGCGUUUCCUCGAGGCCGUGUACGGCAUCCACAUCAAGACGCGACCGCUCGAGGAGGGAGGCACCGGCAUUCCCACAGCCUCGGAGCUCUUGCGCGCGUACGCCAUGGCACGUGGAUUCCACACCCAGGGUCUCGGUCAACCGGACGAGUCCCGCGCGGCACGUUACGUCCUCAAGGACUACGUGAACGGCAAGCUGCUUUUCGUGCGCCCGCCGCCCGGCAUCGAAGACGCCAAGGCCUUCAACAGCGAGCUCUACGAUGAAUUCCACCUGCCGGAGAAGCGGCGCGCCGCUCUCGUCACUGCUGCGCACUCUCUCUCCCUGGAGGAUGACGACACCGUGGCGCCCUCCGUCACGGAGUCGGACAUGAUCGCCAUGCCCGCAGGCCCCAAGACGGAGAAGCUCGACGCGGGUUUCUUCAAGCCCAAGAACGUGCAGGGCCACCUCGCCAUGCCCUUCAGCUACAAGUACUCGGAGCAGGGGAGCGCGUCGGGCAACAGCGCGGCGAGCAAGCAGCUGAGCGGGCGCAAGGCGCGCUCCAUGAUCGCGCUGGAGAACGGCAUCGACCCCAAGGACGUGCAGGUCGUGGCGGGCAAGAAGCACUACAAGGGCAGGGCGAAGAGCGAGCGGAAGAAGAACCGCGGCAUCAACAUCGUAGAUGACUGA